AUGUCGUCUCCCGGUUCGGAGUUUGAGUUAAUCAUCCGACAGCAGCCUGCCCAGGCACGCAUGGCCGGUGGGAGGGAGAGAGAACGCAGGCCAGUCGACCCCCCACCGGUAGUGCAGGUCCGACUUGGCAAAUCCCUCAGAUGGCACACUUCCGCCAUCAACGAACUUGACUGGUACUUUAGUAUCGUCACUUCACGAGCUGAAGACGAGGAUAAUAACAAGAUGGACCUUUUCGUAUUUGGGGACCUGUCGGUGAAAGUCGAAGGAGACUUUCGCCUAAAGUUCACACUCUUCGAAAUGGGUAAGGGUGCCGCCAUUCAUUUGCAGUCCAUCAUCUCGGACCGCUUCACCGUGUUUCGCCCAAAGAGCUUUCCUGGAAUGGCGGAGUCAACCCCUCUGUCCAAAUCACUCGUAGACCAGGGUUUAAAACUGAGGCUCCGAAAGAAGCCGCGGUCGUUGAUAAAGCGACAGGUCCCGCUGCGCCUUGAGCAUUAUCGGCAGCCGGCUCCUCGUUCUCAGGGCCAUGCUUCGCUGCAGAUACCGGGGGAUAUCUUUAAAAGUCACCCAGCAGCUGUAACUGCAGGGAGUCAUGAAUAUAGUCAUUAUACAGGUCUGGUCAAGCGGUCCUGCCUUGCACCCGAUUUUAUUAACCCAGGCAUGCACAACGAUGGGCAGACAUACGAACUAGAAGCUCAUCCUCAGACCGCGGCUCUGCAUGAAAACCAACCACGGGCUUAUCCAACGCAAGGAGGUCCCGCAAGCCGCGCUGUUGUUCCAGAUUAUCAGAUGUUGUCCCGUGUUCCAGCCUUGGAUCGGAUUCAACAAAAUUUGUGA